AUGUUACAAUCGCCAUUCAAUUAUAUCCCUAAAGAGAAGAAGAGGAAACUGAACCGUAUCACCAACACUAUUACCUCCAACAAGAGUAGUAGCAACAACAGUCAAAUUGACAUUUGCAAUUGUUCAUCUACCACACCAAAUACUUCUCAUUAUGAUGACAAUGAUGUAUCAUUAUUAUUACACACACCACCACCAAGCACUCACAAACAUCAUCAACAGUUUAAAAAGCAAAGACUAUGCAACACUAAAAAGACUGACUUAGAGUUGAGAAUUACACCAACGAGACCAUCUGCACCAGCUACUCCAAAUACACCAAUAGCAGUACAUUUUAAUUGUGCUGAUGAUUACUGCAACACGACAAUAGGCUCGUCAGUUAAUAAUGCUAACCCAGCUUCCAUUCUGUCAACACCAACUACUCCACCAAUGGAGAUUUGCCAAGAACAGCAACAUCAAAGACAUUAUAGACAAGUGACCUCACCCCCACCAACAACAAGCUACAUCACUACCAAAGAAAUGUCUUGCUUUAACCAUAGUGAAGACAAUUCCAAAUUUCGUCGCCAUUCUUUUUGUUCUUCUUCAUUAAUUGAAACCAAGUUAAAGCUAAUACAAGUGAAGCUAGGGUAUCUCGAAGAUUCAGCAGCUAAAGAUGAUGUCACUGAGUUGGUGCAGUCGACAAUUGAUGAGUUGAAGCAUUGCCAACAAGAACAAGAGAAGGAGAUUAAGUUACCCAAGCGCAAAUAUGAUGAGUUUAUUAUUACAACCCAUGAUUUAUUGCUGGUUCCUGAAAAUCAAGGUUUUGUUUCAAGGUGA